AUGUGGCAGACUGGGGCUCCUCCCAUGAUCAGGGAGUUGAACCAAAGGAUCAAGGCACAGAAGAAGCAUGCACAAGAGAAGGCAGACAAGGUCGUUGCUGGAGUCAACUUCCAGCAUUGCAGUCUCAUGAGCAGUGCUGCCUAUCCUACUGGGCCCCUCAUGUAUGCCAACAAUGACUGCACUGAUGAGAGUGGUGACUUUGCCCACAACAACAACAACAAAAACCAGUUCUCAAUGCCAGCCAACUUCUAG